AUGAGAGAAGUUAUCAGUUUGAACGUCGGCCAAGCCGGUUGCCAGAUCGCCAACUCUUGCUGGGAGCUCUACUGCCUUGAGCAUGGUAUCCAGCCCGAUGGUUACCUGACCGAAGAACGCAAAGCCCAGGACCCCGAUCAGGGUUUCAGCACCUUUUUCUCAGAGACUGGCCAGGGCAAAUAUGUCCCCCGUACCAUCUACGCCGACUUGGAGCCCAAUGUUGUUGACGAAGUCCGUACUGGUACCUACCGAACCCUGUUCCACCCUGAGCAGAUGGUUACUGGCAAAGAAGAUGCCUCAAACAACUACGCUCGUGGUCACUACACCGUGGGCAAGGAGAUGAUCGACCGUGUCUUGGAUCAGGUUCGCCGUGUCGCCGAUAACUGCGCUGGUCUGCAAGGUUUCCUCGUUUUCCACUCAUUCGGUGGUGGUACUGGAUCUGGUUUUGGUGCUCUUUUGAUGGAACGCUUGUCUGUCGACUAUGGCAAGAAGUCCAAGCUCGAGUUCUGUGUCUACCCGGCACCCCAGAACGCUACUGCCGUUGUUGAACCUUACAACUCUAUCUUGACUACCCACACAACUCUCGAGCACUCGGACUGCAGCUUCAUGGUUGAUAACGAAGCCAUCUACGAUAUCUGCCGCCGUAACCUCGGAAUUGAGCGCCCUGGAUAUGAAAACCUCAACCGUCUGAUCGCUCAAGUCGUUUCCUCCAUCACCGCUUCUCUCCGCUUUGAUGGUUCUCUCAACGUUGACUUGAACGAGUUCCAGACCAACUUGGUCCCCUAUCCUCGUAUUCACUUCCCACUGGUUGCAUACUCUCCAGUCAUUUCUGCUGCCAAGUCGCUGCAUGAAGCCAACUCUGUGAACGAAAUCACCAUGUCUUGCUUCGAGCCCAACAACCAGAUGGUUAAGUGCGAUCCUCGCAACGGAAAAUACAUGGCUACCUGCCUGCUGUACCGCGGAGACGUCGUGCCUAAGGAGACCCACGCCGCUGUUGCCACCCUCAAGACUAAGCGUACCAUUCAAUUUGUUGACUGGUGUCCUACUGGUUUCAAGAUUGGUAUCUGCUACCAGCCACCUCAGAUGGUUCCCAACGGCGAUCUUGCUAAAGUUAACCGUGCAGUAUGCAUGUUGUCCAACACUACUGCCAUUGCUGAGGCCUGGUCCGCUCUUGACCACAAAUUCGAUCUCAUGUACUCAAAGCGUGCCUUCGUGCAUUGGUACGUUGGUGAAGGUAUGGAGGAAGGCGAGUUCUCCGAGGCUCGUGAAGAUCUUGCUGCCCUUGAGCGUGAUUACGAAGAAGUGGCCAGCGACUCGCUUGAGGACGAGGAAGAGGUUGAGCCCGAAUACUAG